AUGGGUCAUUUCAGUUGCUCUCCUAAUGUGGUUACCUUCACUUCCUUGAUUGAUGGUUAUUGUCGAAGUGGACAAGUGAACUUGGGUUUGAAGCUUUGGGAUGUGACGAGAGAUAUAAAUAUGUUACCCAAUGCUUACUCAUUUUCCAUUCAAAUUAAUGCUCUUUGCAAAGAGAAUAGACAUCACGAGGCUCGUAGGUUUUUGAAUGAGCUGAAUUCUUAUAACAUCGUAGCACACCCAUUCAUUUAUAAUCCGAUUAUUGAUGGGUUUUGUAAGGUGGGAAAUUUGGAUGAGGCGAAUAUCAUUGUGGAAGAGAUGGAAAUGAUGUUUACUAUACUCGUUGUUGGUCACUGUAUGAAAGGUAGAAUGGCUGAUGCAAUUGGUAUUCUCAAUAAGAUGUUGACCAUCGGUUGUGCUCCGGAUGGCAUUACCAUAAGUUCGUUGACGUCUUGCCUUUUGAAAGCUGGGAUGGUUAGUGAAGCGUUUCAAGUAAAGCACAUGGUAGUGGAAGACCUCAACUUAGGGGUGGGCAUUCGGUCGGUUCGGUUUCGACCGAACCAAAAUUAUGAAUACCGGGUCCCCGAGUUCUCCCAAACCUCAAACCAAAUUCGAACCGAAUUAUAA